AUGCCCUAUCGCAAGGAAGGGUAUAUACGGUUCAACUCCGGCUCUAUUAAGCGCAGCAAUAUCUCAGGCCCCGUGCAGCUGAUCUCCACGACCGAUAUGUUAGCAUACGAUACGCCCGAUAUCCUACCCUAUACCUCUUCCUCAUCUUCCUCGCUGCGAUCGGGAGACGAUUUCGACACGGGAUCCCCUCAGAGCUACUCCUCGAUCACCACUCCUGAUGAGUCGCCAGGUGACCCUUUCCCCGUGAAUAACAAUGCUGGAUCCUAUUUCCCCAAGCGCUCCGCGACCGUGACCAGCCAGUCUCGUUCGUCCAACGACGCCCCUUUGAUUCCUCAGCAGGCCUUAUCUCACACGAAGCGGUCGCACCAAGAGUUAGCGCGCCAGCGCUCGCAGCACGGGAUAUCGCCCCCGCCAUUAGUAGCCCCGCGCAGUAACCCGACCAUCCGUGCCUCACAGGAUGUCCCUUUUACGGACAACCAUCCAUUCAGUAAAGAGCUAGCGCAAAUAGACAAGGUGGCCGAAGAAUUUAGCGCUACUCAUGUCACGGAUGAGGAAGAGAUUCUCCUACAGCGUAAGGGGCUGAAGAAGUUUAGCGUGGAGGACUACCUCAGUGAGAUCGAAAGUGUCUAUCGGAGCGUGUUCGAUGAUCCCGUGCGGCCGGUCAGCGUGAGUGCGUGGCUGUGA